GCCGAACGAUCACUGAUCGCCGCAGCCAAAUACCGCUUAAUGCGCAAAUAAUUGUGGAUAUCCAUAAAACGGGGCCACCAAGAGUUCCAUAUAAAUAGGGGCUGGGCCAUCGAGGAGUUCCCAAACGCAUCUGAAAACUCCAAGUGUACAAAAUGCUGCGAAGUAUCUGCUUUUUCCUGUUCAGCUGUGUGGCCUUUGAGGCUGCCUUUGCCUGUAACGGCUACAAGGCCAAGCUGGUGAAGAUGGAGAACUGCGCCGGCGAGGAUGCCAUCAUGACGGUGGGCAGUGACUUCAACCUGAAGCUGAACAAGAAGUGCGAGCUGGUGCCCUCGGGCUGCAUUUCCAACAAGGCCUUUGGAACCGCGGUGACCAAGUUCAAGGUGCAGAAGGAUGGCAUGGUGCUGAAGGAGGGCAAGAUCGACCUCUGCGCCGCCAUCGACCAGGCCUCUUCCGAAGGCAAGGACAUGCUGAAGCUCUUCGGAGCACCCUCCUCCUGUCCGGUGGCCGAGGAGAAGGUGUGCGCCAACGACCACACCGUGGAUCUCAGCAAGUACAAGGCCAUGUUGGGCAUGGCCCGCGGCCAUCUGAUCAUCGAUGCGGAGAUCAAGCAUGACACCGGCAAGUCCUGCUACCAUGCCGAAAUAGAACUCACCAAGAACUAAGGAGGAGGAACGACCCAGGGUCUUAUGUCUAUAUUAUGAGUCUUGCAAAUCUUGUAGUUGUAAAUACGAAUGCAAUAAAAUUGGUAAUUCAGGAGCACAAACACGAUAAAUAAAGAAAAUAUACCGAAUUUA